CAAAUAGUACAAUGCCAUGCAUUGCACUGAGUAAUACAAGUAACAGAAAUAACAUUUGCAAGGAGCAAAGCUACACAUAACAUGGGUUACAGCGACGGGACUGCAAUUCAGUGAUUUAUGGGCAGCAGACAACACAAAUGUGUGAAAUGUUAUGAGAAUUCAUGUCCUCUCUUUAGCCCCUUUUUCCAUUGUUAACCCUUUUAAAAUGCACUGAGCAAAAACUUCUUCAUAGCAAGGGAAGGGAGAAAGGCAGGGGCAUCUGCAGCCCUACUGAGCAUGCUCAGUGCCUCUGAUUUGAGUAAAUUAUAUAAAAAAAAAGCAGGUUUAAGCAAAUAAUAAAAAGCCCCUCUGCCACAGCCACCCUUUGACUGGUGCCUCAUUCCCAUGGGGUAACUGUUUUUACCCCUUCUGCCCUGCCUGUGCUGGGGAUUUGCCCUCCGUGUUGCGGAGUUUUCCUGCCGCUCCUCCCCCACCAGCCCUGAGUUUGUCCCAGCACCGAUUCGAAGCCUGCCUGCAGGCGCUUCGCCCCCAGGCCCAGUCAGUUUUCAUCCCCCUCCUCUGUUUAGCCCCUUUUCUCCCUUUAACCCCUUUUAAAAAAGAGUAAGCAAAGACCUACACAUAGGAGUUGGCAGGGCGAAGGGUAGUGGCGUCAACAGAGCUACUGAUCAUACUCACUGCCCCGAAAUUCUCCCUAAGUAGCACAGUGUCAUCGGUAGCAGCUCUCUACAUACGACGAGCUAGCCCAGAGACUGUUCAGAACUACCUCUUCCACCAUUGCGUCGGGGUCGUACCCCCCGCGACUAUGGAAGCAGCUGGACUACGUUUCUCAACAUGCAUCACGGGGGAUUCCAGUUGGAAGAUUUUACUGACCUUGGAUCUGAUUACUUCCUGAAGAUGGCAAGUAAAGGGCCCACAACAUCUACAUCCACUGAAAACUCCAGUACUGGAGGGACCAGUGGCAGCAGCAGUAAUGGUGCUGGGGACAAUACUAAUCAGGACAGCACUUUUGAAUGUAACAUCUGUUUAGACACUGCCAAGGAUGCAGUUAUCAGCCUGUGUGGGCACCUCUUCUGUUGGCCUUGUUUACACCAGUGGUUAGAGACCAGGCCAAACAGGCAAGUGUGUCCAGUAUGUAAAGCAGGAAUCAGUCGAGAUAAAGUUAUUCCUUUGUAUGGAAGGGGUAGUACUGGGCAGCAGGACCCCAGAGAGAGAACUCCACCACGACCGCAGGGACAGAGACCUGAACCAGAGAACAGGGGGGGAUUCCAAGGCUUUGGGUUUGGAGAUGGUGGCUUCCAAAUGUCAUUUGGAAUUGGGGCAUUUCCCUUUGGUAUAUUUGCCACAGCAUUCAACAUAAAUGAUGGGCGACCUCCACCAGCUGUUCCAGGGACUCCCCAAUAUGUGGAUGAGCAGUUCCUAUCCCGGCUCUUCCUUUUUGUGGCUCUGGUGAUCAUGUUCUGGCUGUUGAUUGCAUAACUCCGCUCUGUACCCUGUAUAUUCAUGGUUAUCAGGGUGUCUGAAUGAGUUUAAAAACUGCUCCCCCAUCCCACUUUCAACUCUUGGUGUCUGGUUCCAUAGCUAAUCACAGGUUCUGGGAAUCAUUGGUGCCACAACACGUUUAGGAAUAUCUCGUAUUGCACCAGAACCUCGGAAUUAAAUAACUGUUAACAAGUAUGUCUUACCUCAGCCAUGUCUCCUACCGCUGGUCUCCAGAUACAACCAUGGACCUAGCUUUGAGCUUCACACUCAAAGGGAGCGUUGCUUUUGAAAUCCUGUGCAAAUCAGCUAGAAUGGGUUUAUGUGGAAGGCACAGGUACUGAAGGAGUGUGGGUGGGUGAGGAAAGGAACCUACUGCAUUGUUAAUCAGCAUCACUUGAGUAGUAUCCAUGAUAUAAAGUCCAGUUCUUGACAGGAAAUAUCCUGCAACACUAAUGAGACUUCUUGGGUAGAGCACCUCUCCAAAAAUGGAAUCUGCAUUGGAGACCAGUGUUCUAUAUGUGCUGUUACUUAGAGUUGUGAAAAGUCCAUAGCACUUGAAUGGCUGUAACAGGGUGGGUUAAGAAACUUCAGCCUAAAAUCGUAAAAUAGUCUCAAUUUUCUGGAGCUAGACACUUCAAAAUUCUCUCCUUGUGGGGUUGGCUAGAGUUGUUGGACAGCAGAGUACCUCUCUAGCCGUAUGCAGUGCUGUUCCUCAGUAACAAAGCAGUGUUGUUUUCUUUGGCUUUACUCAUGGAUAGUACCUUCACAAUUUUAUUGCUGUAACUGCAAUCAUUGACCCAAAACUGAGACUCCCGGGACUAUUGUGUACAGUGUGUCCCCACUACAAGUCACCCCGGUAUACAUCCGUUCCGCACUAAAGUCAUUGACACUU